UCCCGUCCCAUCCCAUCCCGUCCCAUCCCAUCCCGGCGUCGUCGUGUGCAGGAAGGCGCUGGUUUUCCUGCGGGCGCCCCCCGCCCCGGGCUCGGAGCAGAUGUCGGAGCUGGAGCAGGCGGUGCGGGGCCUGGGCGUGCGGGACGACCAGCGGAUCACCGUGGACUACGUGCGGGGCAUCCUCCAGCCCACCGACACCUGCCGCACCUGGGACCUCAUCUGGAACUUCUCCGCCAAGCCCGACGACCUGCUCAUCGCCACCUACCCCAAAGCAGGGACGACGUGGACCCAGGAGAUCGUAGACAUGAUACAACAGGAGGGAGACGUGGACAAGUGCCGGCGUGCGCCUACUCACCAGCGGAACCCUUUCAUCGAGUGGAUCAUCCCUCAGUUCCCGUCCGGUGUGGAAUUGGCUCUUGAAAUGCCCUCGCCUCGCAUCCUCAAAACUCAUCUUCCUGUGCAACUGCUGCCUCCGUCCUUCUGGGAGAAAAACUGCAAGAUCAUCUACGUGGCCAGAAAUGCCAAGGACAACUUAGUGUCCUAUUACCAUUUCCACAGGAUGAAUAAAGCCCUUCCCGACCCGGGAACAUGGAAUGAGUUCUUUGAAAAUUUCCUGUCUGGGAAAGUGUGCUGGGGAUCCUGGCAUGACCACGUCAAAGGAUGGUGGGAGGUGAAAGACAAGUACCGUAUCCUCUACCUCUUCUUUGAGGACAUAAAGGAGAACCCGAAACGGGAAAUUCGGAAGGUGAUGGAAUUCAUGGGGAAGAAGCUGCCCGAAGAGGUUCUGGACAAAAUCGUCCAUCACACCUCGUUCGACGUCAUGAAGGCCAAUCCCAUGGCCAACUAUUCUUCGAUCCCUUCCAAAGUGAUGGACCACUCCGUUUCCCCGUUUAUGAGAAAAGGAGUGGUAGGAGACUGGAAGAACCAUUUCACGGUGGCCCAGAACGAGCGAUUUGAUGAAGACUACCGGGAGAAAAUGGCCGACAGCCCUCUGGUGUUCUGCGAAGAUUACUAGAAGAGAAAGCCAGGGUCCCGGUGUGUAGAGAGAACCCGGGCCUGGAAGUUGAUUUAGGUUUGGGAUCAGAAUGGUCGAUCAGAUCAAACCGAGGUAAACGGAACUGAUAAUUGAAUUAGAUUAAUAUCAAGAGCAGCCAGGAGGUUUCCAAGAAAGAGCCUUGGCAGGCUGGGAUUUGAGAAGGACACCCUCUGGCCAUUGCCCCACGUGGCCCGGUGAACUCAGCAAAAUCAAAAGAUGCCAAGCCAGCACAUAAAAUACUACCUUACCGGGAAGAUUCCCUAGCCCCCAGAGUCUGAAAUCUUGCCCAGGCUGGAGCAGAGGAAUAACAAGAAGGAGAAGCGGGAGAGCAUAGGAUGUAGGAACGAAGUCCUUUUCGGGAAUGAAGCUGAUUUUUCUUCCUCCCAUGCUUUACUUCUGAGAGCAGCGUGGCCUAGAGGAUAGAGCCUCCGAGUCAGAAGGCCACUUGUCUGCUGCGUGGCCUUAGGCAAGUCACUUCAGUGGCAGAGUCAGGACUAGGACUUAACCAACACCACUUAUUAGGGAGAAAUCAAGUCUCCUUUCCUGCGUGGAGCACGCAGGGGUAGACUAGCAAAACGGGGGGGGGGGGGGGGAAGUAUAGGGAAGAGGCUUUUUGUAAGGAUCGAGUCUAGUUCUCACUCUUGUAAUUUUUCCCAGUACUUAGAACAGUGCUUUGCACACAGUGGGUGCUCAAUAAAUGCUGUAACUAUUACUAGUAUCGUAUUUCCGUAGUAGCCCAAAGCUCAGCCCUACAGGUCAAAUCAACGGUGAUGGGGAGAGGAGCCAAAGCUGCCUUUAACUUGGGAUCGGCUUAUUAGUUCUAGCAACGGUAUUUAUUCCUUGUGUACUGUAAGUAAACUAGUGCUCCAAGCGCUGGGAGGAUUAAUCUAGGUGAAAAUUAAACAGAGUCACUAAACCCCAAA